CAAAUCCACUCUCAGUGGUGAUUUCUUUGCAUUUAACUGUGACUUAGGGGUUACAUCUCACGUUGAAUUUCAGGUCACUAACAACCAAAUGAUAUAUUGCCAGGCUGUGAUCUAAUUUACAAAUGAUUGUUAAUGGAUCUUUCAUUUCAACAUUUAAUGGAUAAUCAAAAUAUACUGAAUACUGAAUCAUCCAUGACAAACAAGUUAAAUAUCUCACAUAUGUCAUCACUUCCAUCAAUACCUGAAGUAUCAUCACCACCAUCGUCGGGGAAACGUCGCUCUAUAUUGUAUGCUAUUUCUAGAUUGAAACAAAUGAAAAUGGCUCGACAAGAAAUGCAUCUUGAAUCCAAUGUUUCUUCUGAUAAUAUUGAUAUUACACCUCCCUUAGCAAAUACACAAUCAGGUAACACCAGUGAUAACAAUACAGUAGAAUUGGAUCACACUAACAAUUCAACUCAAUUAAUAACAGUCAUUAAUAAUGACUUAUCAAAGCAAUCAAUUGAUAUUGAUUUCAAUUCUGAUAUUUGUCCUUAUACUUCUUUAUCAUCACAAUUACAACACUUAUCAUCACAAUCAAAUCCUUUACAAUCAUAUAAUUCAUUAUCUGAUGAUAAUACUACUAAUAUUACUGAUAGUAGUACUAUUCAUCAGAUAAUGUCACCAAAAGAAUCUUCACUUUUAAAUAUUACAUCAUCUACUACUACUACUACUACUACUACUACUACUACUAAUAAUAAUAAUAAUAAUAAUAAUAAUAAUAAUAAUAAUAAAAUACAUCAUGACGCUAAUAUUGAUUCUAUUCGAGUUCGGAAUAAUUCAUCAAAAAUAUUUACACAAUGUCUAUCAGAUAGUGAAUCCGAUGAAUAUAUAGACUUAGAUACUGUUGAUGAUAUAACAUGGUCUACAAAGGAUAAUAAUAAAAAUAAGAAGAAUAAUAUAACGAAUAAGAAAAAGAAGAAGGAAUCAAUAAUUAUGAAUGAUCAUCCUUCUGAAUUAACAAUAAUUACAAAUAAUAAUAAUAAUCCUACCAUAAAACAGAUCCCUCAAUUAUCGAAUAAUGAAAGUAUACGGAAUGAUUAUAUACAAUUAAAUGAAUCUAUCUCUUCGCAUGAAACUAGUCCAUUACAUAGCAAUAUCAUUAAUAAUAAUAAUAAUAAUAAUAAUAAUAAUAAUAAUAAUAAUAAUAAUAAUAAUAAUAAUAAUAAUAAUAGUAAAAUUAUGGAAUCAGAUGAUUAUUGUUGGAUAUGUCAUAAACCUGGUGAAGUUGUUAUAUGUAGUUAUUGUCCAAGAGUGUUUCAUGCAACUUGUUUAUGUGCAACAGAUUUUCCAGAUGUAUGGCUUUGUCCUGAAUGUCAAGAUGUUAUGUUAGCUGAAUGUUCAUUGUAUCAAUUAGAAUCAUGGUGUAAUAUUACCGAAGAUCAAUUGAAACGAAUGUUAUUCUUUCUUUUGGAUCGAUUAUCUAGACAAUCUUGGGCACGAUAUUUUCGUGAACCGGUAGAUUCAACAAUUGUUAAAAACUAUAAAGAAUUAAUAAAGUAUCCAAUUGAUUUACGUACUUUAUAUACUCGUGUUAAAUCAGGUCAAUACUCUUCACCUCAAGCUUUUCUUGGAGAUUUCCGAUGGAUACUUCAUAAUUGUAUCAUAUUUAAUGGUGCCAGUUCUUCUAUUACAUCAUCUGCACGUCUUCUAGAUCGUACAUUUCAUCGUGAGUUUAAUUUGAUGCGUGCUUGUCCAACAUGUUAUCUUAAUCGUAUACCAGCAAUUCAUUUAUUACCAUCGACAACUAGAAAGCUACCUCCAUUAACUGAAGAUGAACCUGAAUCUUAUUUAACUGUAGCUUCAGUACAAUCAUCAUUGUUAUUACCAAAUGAAUCAAAUGCGAUCAUUGAAAAUGAUAGUAUCAGCGUUGUCAAUGGUGUUAACGAUGAAUGCAACAAUAAUACUCCUACUAAUACUACUAGUAAUAAUAACGAAUCCAAAAGUUCGUCAUCAUCAUCAUCAUCAUCAUCGGUAUCUACAUUAGAUCCUUGGUGGUUUUGUAAAUUAUGUGAUGUGAUUCAUCCGAUUGUCUGGGUACGUCUUCAAAAUUAUCCCCGUUGGCCAGCCAAAGUAAUUGCACAUGAUGGUAACUUUCUUCUUGUCUCAUUUUUUGGUGAUUAUGAUGUGACUAUUGCACCGAUUGGUUCCGCUAAACUUCAUUCAUCUAGUCAAUCAAAAAGUUUAUCAAAACUAUCUACCAUCACUAUAGAUUCUAUUAAUAAUAAUAAUAAUAAUAAUAAUAAUAAUAAUAAUAAUAAUAAUAAUAAUAAUAAUAAUAAUGACAAGGAAAGUAAAUCUGAUUGUAGUGGUACCAAAUCCAUUACUUCUAUUGAUAAUAAUGAUAUUUCUAAUGAAUCUAGUGUAACUUCUCAAUCUUCCAAGACAACUUCAUCAUCAUUACCUUCAACAUUAACAACAACAACAACAACAACAACAACAACAACAAUGGAUCCUAUGGUUAAAGAGAAUUUUCAUAAAGCUGUUGCAGAAUUAAAUUAUCAUCUAAAUUUAAUUUAUCAACGUUAUCCUAAAUUUAAACUACCUAUUAGUCAAUUGAGAUUUACUAAACGUCAUGUUAAAAAAUAUUAUGGUCCAUUCAUUGAAACUCCUUCUCCUACUUCUUCUACAUCUGAAACAACAAUAAAUCUCAUUAAUGAUACUAAUUCUAUCAUUGAUAUGAAUCAUACUGUAAAUACAACACAAGUGAUUUGUAAUACAACUUCUCAUAGUAUCAAUACAAUCCCUUCAACAAAUGUUAAUAUUACAACCAAUGAAAAAAUAGAUAAUACAAUUAAAUCAAAUCGUAUACCUUCUACAAAUGAUGUAUAUCGUGAACCAGUUUUAACACGUGUUGCUGCUAGUCUACGUAAUUCACCAAUUAUUACAUCAGAAUCAACAUCAUCAUCAUCAUCAUCAACAACAACAGUCUUACAAACUUUAUGUCAACCAAUGAUUGAUGUAAAUCCUAUGAAACGUAAAUAUAAUGAUACAUCUUCAUCAUCAACAAUAACUAUGGAAUUAGAAAGUAUUAGCUCGGAAGAUAUUCAUGAUACCAUUGAUUAUAAUAAGAAAAAACGUAAAAAGAGUAAACAUCAUCAUUUGAAAAAAAUCACUUUAAAACCAUUAUUAACUGAACAUAAAACAACAACUAUCAUUACCAAUUUGGCCAAUAAUGAUGAGAUCAAUAGUAAAGAUGAUAAUAAUAUGAGCAAUGACAUUACGGUUGUUAUCGAAGAGAAUUCAUUACCCAUUGAAAAUGAUAGUGAACCUAUAGUUCCGUUAACAACAGAUGAAAUACAAUUUGUCUCUGAUAGUAUGAUACCUUCUACUUCAAACACAUCAGACAAUGUACAUACGAUAUUGGAUGAUUUUCGAAAUUCUGUUAAUGAAGCUUUACGAAAAUUACAGGAACAGUUAGCUCCUACAAUAAAUGCUACAGACAAGAUUGGUGUUUAUCCAUUGACUAAUUCAGAACUACCAAAUUUACAUCCAAUUUGUUGUGAUGUUGCAAUACAAACUAAUAAUGAUAUCCAUCUAUUAGAUGAUAGCAAAUCAUUGAAAACUAUAAAUGUGAUCAACGAUACAAAAUCAGUUCAAACCGAUAUAAUGGAAGUAUCUACAGAUCUUUCUAUAUUAAAUGAUUAUAGACCAUCAACAUUACAAGAACGUAUGAUGGAAGCAGAAAUUCUUCGUAUGGAACAAGAAGUUCAACGUUUAAAUGUAUUAGUUAGAUAUACACGUGCUGAAAUGGGAUUAGAAAUGCAACGUCGUAUAGGUGAAUUACGUAGAAUAUGGAAUGAUGAACUUAUUGCUAUUAUGGAGGCUGCUAGUAGAAUAUGGGAAUAUGAUGUGAUAAGAAUUGUUGAUAUUGUAAAACGUCGUCAAUGGUGUGCAUAUUGUGGACGUAUAGCCUAUUAUUAUUGUUGUUGGAAUACAUCGUAUUGCAAUAGUACUUGCCAGUCAAAACAUUGGCCUUUUCAUAUGGCUUCUUGUGUACAAGUUAAAAGUCAAUUGAAUAAUAAUAAGAAUAAGAAUAAUUUAAAUGGUUCUAUACGUCAUCAUUCUCAAUCACCCAACAUAACCAAUUCAUCUAAUAUCACCGAUCAACCACAUUUCUCUUUAACACAACCAUCGAUUCUUCAACAUAUUCCACAAAAUCCUCCUCCUCCUCCUCAUCACCAUCAACAACAACAACAACAACAAAGAAUGAUUUUACCGAAUACAUCAACUCCAUCAGUUGGUAUGUAUCGAUUAAACAAUGAUGGUACUUUAUUAACUACUAGUAAUACUUUAUUUCAACGUGCAUUAUCAUCAUCUUGUGUUUUACAAUCUCAACCAUUUAAGAAUUGA